AUGGCCUUUCAUGGGGAUUUGCCAGCAGACAAAUAUCAAGCCCUGAACAGUGUACUUACAGUAGUACCAGCAAUACAUAAAGUCAAAUACAACAGUCAACCAAACAUCAUGAGAAGGAAAUCCAGCAGAAUGAAGGCAUGUGGCCUGAGACACCAGGACGUCUUUGCAAAUGUUUAUAUUGCAGAUCAUUUUCUUUAUGAAGAGAAGAGCUUCUGGGGCCACUGCUAUGAAUGUAGCAGUGACCACCUUGACCUGCAGCCCUCUGUGAAAGAAAGCAAUUCCAUCUAGGUGAAAAAAGGCAGCUGGAUAAUUUACAAGAGUCUCAGUUACUCAGGACAUCAGUACUUUUGCAGGGGAGGCAAUUCUGACUUCCAGAAGUGGUUCAGUCUCUGCAACUCCAUCGGGUCUUGCCAUGUAACGCUACAAGACUUUCACUCCAGGGACAUCCAGUUUCAUAACAUACUUAAAGGAAGCUGUGUUUUAUAUGAACAGCCACACUUCCGACAGCAGUACAUCCUGAGGCCUGGCAAAUACAGGUGAUUCACCAAAUGGGGUGCCAUGACUGCCAAAGUUGAAUCCCUCGAACCAGCAGUGGAUAUUUUCUAA